UAAAAGAUAUCUCCUCCUCCUAAACUGAAACCUACAAGUCUGGGCUUAGUUGGAAAACUACGUUGACUUAACUUGAAAAAGUUUAGUAAAAUGAAAACUUUAACAAAAAUCUUUUUGGCUAGUAUAGGUGUUGUUUUCCUUGCUGUCAAAUGGAGUGAGCCAACUUUUAAUGCUGAAUCUCUUCGAGGUGCCAGGGUAUUGGUGACUGGGGCCAGUACAGGUAUUGGUGAACAAGUGGCAUAUCAUUAUGCCCGCUUCGGAGCUCAGAUUGUGAUUACAGCAAGAAGGGAGAAGGUGUUAUCACAGGUCACAGAAAAGUGCCUCAGCUUAGGAGCCCAGAAGGCCCUCUACAUUGCAGCAGACAUGGCCAGUGAGUCAGACCCUGACAAAGUGGUAGAUUUUGCUCUGGAAAAGCUCGGAGGCUUGGAUUAUGUAGUUCUCAACCACAUUGGCCCGAGCCCCUUCCAGAUGUGGGAGGGAGACGUGGAGCACACCAGGUGGCUGAUGCAGGUCAAUUUCUUCAGCUAUAUUCAGAUGGCCUGGCGAGCUCUGCCCUCCCUGGAGCAAAAUAAAGGAUCGCUUGUGAUUGUCUCAUCACUCUUAGGUAAAAUGGCCAGUCCCUUUGUUGCACCGUAUACCUCAACGAAAUCGGCCUUGAAUGGUUUCUUUGGAGCACUGGGACACGAAUUAGCAUUAAAGAAAAGCAAUGUGUCCAUCUCUAUUUGCACGUUGGGUCUCAUUGAUACCGAUUCAGCUAUGGAAAAAGUCAGGGCAAUCACUGAUGUUCCAGCCUAUCCUGCCACAGAUGCAGCCUUGAACAUCAUCAUUACAGGAGCAACAAGACAACCAGAGCUUUACUACCCUUGGAUGACCUACAUUGCCACUAUUACCAAAGACUGGUUACCUUCAGCUACAAACUACAUCAUGCGUAACACCUACAAGUACAACCCAUAACUUGAAUACCUGUGAUAUUAUUGGCCUGUGUUUGGUUUCAAGCUGUGGCAUCUUUAUGUGUAAUAUUAUAUUAACAUGCUAGAUGUGAUGAUACUGUGAACAGUCCUGUAUCUAAUUUUGUAUUAAUUUAAUGUCUAAAAUCGUCUUUUAAUAUCUGGUUCAUCACCUCAAAAUUUGCAUCCUUAUGGUCAAGUGGAUAAGGUUACCAUGUACUGUGUCUUCCAGGUCCUCUCUUCUACAUAUAGAUGUUAUUUUUUAACACUUUCAUUCAAGUCUGACAAUAUUUCAUGACAGAAGUUAUUUAUAGUCUUUCAGUACUUACUAACUCAAGCCUUACCAAUGCAAAUUUUGACAUUAUAAUACCGUGUUUUUAAUAAACUCUCAAAGUUGAAUUGGUUUUUGUUU